CUUGCUAUUCUUAUGUGUCCAUUUUUCAACUUCAACGUGAAUACUUUACCUCCAAGAAAAAAAAGAAAAAGAAAAAGAAAAAGAAAAAGUCUAAUCAAUUUCUUCUCCGUCUUCCCACCAAGGGGAGCAGAUACCGAACUCUAGAGAUGAUGAGAGAGUGGAAGAUGAAGUAAAAACUAUUGGAAUCAGCAUCGAUCGUUGGCUUUGCUUUGGUGCUUCUAUUUCUUUGAUCACUUCCAUAGAUCAUCCCAUUUGCAAAAACGAUAUAAUCAUCUAGUCUCAGAUUUUACUGGCCUUGCUUAAAUACUACUAUCAAGAUGGCCUCCUCCAACUCCAUUAUUCUGGAUUCUAUUCAACUUGUGCUGGAUGAUCUUCAGUUGCUGUUGGGUUCUGUGAAGGACUUCCAAGUAGAACAGAAUAUCAGGUUGCUGAUGGGCAAGUUAAGGAGUCUCAGAACCUUUUUUCUUUGUACCACAAGUUUGGGCAGGGAUGCCAAUCUGAGAGCUGAAAACACAAAUGUAUCAUCCUCCCUUCUGGUAAGGAGUCUCACAACAGUUAUUACAUGUUCAUCAAGGUUGUGCCGCGGAGAGUCGAACCUCCUCGCAACCUCAGAACUUUUGGUAAGAAUUGAACAUGUUCUUUGCAGAUACCAAUCUAGAAUGCGGUCCGAUUGUCUCACUCUUAGCUUAGAAGGGAAUUUCUCCUCCGGUUUUCCCAACGAAGUCAAGAAGUUUCGACGGGAGGUUGAGUCUGUUGAACUAAAAAUAGACAAAUGCUACUUUACUUUGUCAGAGUCAGUAAGAUCACAAUCUCAUCCAAUGAUGAUGAUAACCAGUCAAGUCAAUGCUAUUUUUGAUUCGAUUCUGGAGUCUAUAGAGUAUUUCUUUACGCUCCCUCGGCUUUACAUCGAAUUUUUUGAUCUACCGGUUGAGACAGUGGAAGAGAACAUCAAGUUCUUGAGGAAUUUCGUCCGUUUUGCUACUCUUUUAGGUGCUGCUGCUGAUGAUGAAUCCGGACUACUCCUGGAUUUCGUGACUUACAUUGAAGAGCUUGCUAUACAUGCAGCACAUUUAACACUCAGUCUGUUUCCUAUUACUAAAUCUGAAACGGAAUUUAUGGUGUUUGCUUUGCUCCUUGUAACCAAACCUGUUGGUCCUCGUGCAUAUGAGACUUAUACUCGAGCCCUGGUGAGCUUGAAGGACUCAGGAGCUUUGAAUGUUCCUACUGUCAACAUGACCGACGAUUCCUUAAUCAUCGUUGAGGAUUUCCUUGUUUCUCUACUGUCUAAUCUCUGGGAUAUGCUACUAAUGGAUGCUGUUCUUGUGGUUUCCAAGGUUGAGUUGCAAGCAAUGUACGAGGGCCUAAGAUCCUUGAGAACCAUUCUCAAGCAGAAGCCAGACAAGUUUAUGUUUGAUACCAAUGUUAAGGAUCUUGUCCGAUUUGUGUUAUGCGAUGCUGGAGUUGUGAUCUUUUCGCUGUAUCAGAGUGAAAUUGUAGUUGACCUUGGUGUUCCAGAUUUGCUAAGAAACAUUAGAUUGAUCCGGACAGAGGUUGAGGAUCAAGUAUCAGAAACAUCAAUAUGCAGAUUUCCCAACACCAAUGUCUUGGGCUUUCUAGAUUUUCUUUUGGAAAAUUUGCUGGAAGUUGGAGGAAGCUAUGAGGUUGAUUCAGUCACCCAAAGUUACAUAAAAACAUUUGAAGAACAUCUUCACUUCUUAAAAUCACUAUUGAGGAAGUUGCAGAAUCAACAAGAGGAACUCCAAGCUCUUUAUAAUCUUGUUGUGGAGGUGGCAUAUAAGAUAGAGUCUCCCAUUGAGCAAUUGAUGCUUGGAGAUAUUCAAGGUUCUUUCUCAACCUCCUUUGGAUACAUCAAAGAAGACAUUGAGAUGAUUAAAACUGUUUCCAUAAAGAUUCUACAUUGCAGGGGACAGCCGAUCCAACGCCAGAAGGUCGAUUUCACAUCAUCAUCUCAGGUCACAUCACAAAGAAGUACCGCAACAGCUGAUGAAGUUGUAGGUUUUGAAACUGAAAUGACAACGGUUAUCGAUCGACUGACAAGAGGAUCAAGCAAAUUGCAGGUUGUUGCCAUUGUAGGAAUGCCCGGCUCCGGAAAGACGACAUUGGCAAAGAAAGUUUACAAUGAUCCUUCAGUUAUGUACCAUUUUCAUGCCUGUGCAUGGUGUUCUAUCUCUCAAGUGUUCAACACAAAGGAAGUCGCACUCACUCUUUUAAAGCAAACUCUGGAGAAGCUUCCCAAUGGUAUUCUUGAGAGGAGUGAAGCUGAGUUGGUCCAAGAGCUAUGGCGUUCUUUGAAACGGCGCAGAUAUCUCAUAUUUGUGGAUGAUGUUUGGGAUAUUCAAUCGUUUGAUCGCUUGAAAGGAUUAUUUCCAGAUGAUUCCUAUGGAAGUAGAAUACUCCUGACAAGUCGACAAUCUGAUGUAGCUCCUGAAAACAUGCUUGAUGAGAAACCUCAUACCCUUCGUUCACUCACAACUAAUGAGAGUUUAGAGUUACUAAAAAUGAAGCUGUUUCCCAUGAAACAUUGGCCUGCAUCAUCCUAUGAAAUUGGAAUGCAAAUUGCAGAAUGCUGUAAAGGAUUACCUCUGACAAUUGUCCUUGUGGCUGGACUUUUAUCAACUACAAAGCAAGAGGCGUGGAAUGAAGUUCUUCAAAGCUUACGGUCUGGCACGCUCUCUAGUAUGGAGCCGUGCUACAACGCAAUAGAGCUAAGCUACAGACAUUUACCAGAUCAUUUGAAACCAUGUCUCCUCUCGUUUGGUGCGUUUCUAGAAGACCAAGAGGUUUCUGUCAAGCGGUUGGUUUGGUAUUGGACUGCAGAAGGUUUCGUGCAAAAGACUAAGUUAAAGAGCUUAAAAGAGGUUGCAGCAAACUACUUAAAGAAUCUGAUUGACAGAAGUUUGGUUAUAGGGGUGAAGAAAAGCUCCACAGGAGGUGUCAAAACUUGUUGCACACAUGAUUUGCUUCAUGAGUUCUGUUUGAGGAAAGCCAAAGAAGAAAAUUUUCUUCAAUUGUUAAGAGGCCGCGAGGAGCUCGCAUGUUUCAAUGAGCCAGGAAACUUGCGAAGACUAUGUGUGCACUCCGAGCCAAAGCAUUUGAGAUCGUCAAAGCUGUUUUGUCCUCGUAUACGCUCACUGCAUUUGUUUGGUGAUCCAACGGCACACUGGGGAGACGUGCUCCUUGACGCGUCGUUCAUUUUUCACACGUUCAAGCUUCUGAGAGUGUUGGAUAUGGAUCGAGUGAUUCUUCGUUAUGGUUGUCCAAGUGAAAUAGGAGUUCUAGUCCAACUGAGAUAUCUAGCAAUCCAUGGUAGGCGCAUCGGCCCAUCAAUCGGUAACCUAUGUAACUUGGAAACACUCAUUCUAUGUUUAGUAGGCGGAGAGACUGUUACAUUGCCUGAGACAUUAUGGAAUCUGCAAAAACUGAAACAGAUCUUCUUAACCUUCCGGGGCGGAAAUGUUUAUGGCAUUGAUUUUCCGGUACAUAAUCUUGACAAUUGUCCUGAUUUGCAUGAGCUAGAAACUUUAUCUAGUAUAACAAGUGACAGUUGGGACAUCAUGGAAAAGCAAUUGAGAAAGUUUCCAAAUAUCCAUCGACUAAGAUGCAGGCUCCAGGGAUACCGGGAUCAUCCUAACAAUGGUAGCAGGCUUAUGAUAUUUUCAUUUCUGAAUAAACUAGAAUCACUUCAUUUGUCAUUUCAGAGAAGACAUGAUUGGUUUAGCUUUGUUUUUCCGGAGAACCUGAAAAAGUUGACUCUCUAUGGAUGUGAGUUGCCCUGGGAAAAGAUUACAAUGGUUGCAGAACUACGUCAUCUUGAGGUACUGAAAUUGCUGAACCAAUCCUUUACAGGGAAAACAUGGAACAUGGAAGAAGGACAAUUCACAAAACUGAGGUUCCUAAAGUUGAAAUCCCUGGAUAUCAUUAAGUGGGCAGCAGCUUCAGACGAGCAGUUUCCCAACCUUGAGAAGUUGGUGCUGGAAAGUUGUAGCGGUUUGGAAGAGAUUCCUAUUGACUCCUUGCAAUAUGUUUCGACUCUUGAAAUGAUUGAGAUUUCAUAUUGUCCUCAUUGUGUUGCAACCGCAGUUGACAAAAUUAGAGAAACACAGGUCGAAAUGGGAAAUUCGGCUUUCAAAGUUCAUGUGCGUUCGAGUGGUUACUAAGAAGAAAAGAACCCAUCUAUUUCCAUUUUUCUCUUAAUGUUAUUAUUAUUUAUUUAAAUAAUCUUUCAGUGGAUACGGGAAGAAAGAAAAAAAAAACAUGACUGAAUUCUUCUCUUUCGAAGCUCAUUUUAUCCCUGUUUCUCUCUGAUUGUAGUUAUUUUUAUUUGUUUUUUUUUUCAGCAUGUAUUGUGCAUUAGUAAUUCACAGAAUAAAAGAGACCUUCUCAGUGAAGUGCUAGUGUAGUUCGUGUGUAAUUUGAUAUACAAUCAUAAUCUCUUGGGAAGUCGAGUAAAAUUACUAGAUAGUACCUAUAUUUUAAUAAACUGAGA